AUGAGCUGGGCUGCUUCUCACAGAAGAAGCCCACGUAAAAAGAAGAAGAACCAAAGUGAACAGAACGAUGUCACUAUAUUCUUCAUUCUCUCUCUUUUACCGUCUCCCUUAAUCAUGUUAUCUCUUUUGUUUUCUCUCUUUUGUUCUCUUCUUUUACUCCCUCUGUUAAUCAUUUUAUCUCUUGUUUUCUCUCUUCAACAUCAUAUAUUUUCCCGCCUCUUCAUUCUCUCUCUCUCUUUUACUGUCUCUCUUAAUCAUUUUAUCUCUUUUGUUUUCUCUCUUUUUCAUCAUAUAUUUUGCUCGCUUCUUCAUUCUCUCUAUUUUACUGUCUCUCUUAAUGGUUUUCUCUCUUUUGUUUUCUCUCUUUUGUUCUUUUCUUUUACUCCCUCUGUUAAUCAUUUUAUCUCUUUUGUUUUCUCUCUUUUGCAUCAAAUAUUUUGCUGUCUCUCUUCCUCAUUCUCUCAUUUUGCUUUCUUCUUCAUUCUCUUCCUUUUGCCGCCUCUCUUCUUGAUUCUCUCUCUUUUGCUGUCUCUCCUAUUCAUUUCCUCCGUUUUCUUUCUUUCUUUUGCAUUAUAUAUUUUGCUGUCUAUCUUCUACAUUCUCACUCUUUCGCUGUCUCUUUUCUUUAUUCUUCCCUUUUGCUAA